AUGUAUUAUAACAGCGACGAAUACCGGAAUAUACCGCAAGAGCUGCUACGCAUAUAUAAGGUCUAUAGAGAUUUACAACCAGCUGGCAAGGAAAGCGCUGGCAGCGCAAUAUUUUGUAUACUCCAUAAGGAAAUGUUGAUGAUGAUUGGCGCUUUGAGUACAGUUAUAUCAUGCUGCUUCUUGGUGGAUCUGCUGCGCACGGGACCGCUCUUAAUCCGUUAUAUACUCAAUUCAAGUGUGUUCAGUGUAGCGAAUGUACUAAUCGCAUUCAAUAUAACACAAUUCUGGUUGGCACUACGUAUUGUAUACCAACUCUAUAGGGGUUUCAAUGAGAUCAUGAAGCAACGCUUAAAAGGUUUCAGUUCCAUAAAUUCAGGAACAGGUGAGCUGGGCAGCAAAAAGUUGUAUGCUUAUACGACUGAUAUCUCAUGGUAUCAACGUGAAUAUCAAAGUUCCUGCAGAGAUGCUCUAUGCGGUUAUGAAAUUUUAGACUCAAUACGUAGCAUAUACUUUGAUUUGGACCAUGUAAUGACACGAUUGAAUAAAGUGUUUGGUGUGACGAUGUUAUUGAAUUUCGUCUGCUCGUUGUUGAGUCUUUCCAUUCAAUACUUUGCUGUGUUUAAAUUCUUUGAUGCGGAAAAUUUUUUGGGUGAUGUCUUAAUAGAAAUAUAUAAUCGCGUGCUUUGGGUUUUCAUACAUAUGGUGCGCAUACUGCUGAUUUUAAUCACCAACAAUGCAAUUAUUGAGGAGCUGCAUAUUACUUCGCGAGAAAUGGAACGUGCAAUAAAUCGCUUUUUACUGAAGUUGAUGGUUAAUCAAUCACCGGUACAGCUCUGCGGAAUUGUGGAACUUGAUUUGUUGGUGGUAUGUGGUAUUGUUGGCGCUGUGACGAACUACUUUAUAUUUCUCGUACAAAUCGAUUUGGGUGCAAUAACAAAGUCGGAACAAGAUACAAAUAGUACAGAUAAAUCAAUAAACAAUGUUACUCUAUAA